AAAACCGCUGACACCUUUAAACCACGAUCGCUAAUGGAAGCCUUCAAGAGCUCCUAUAUCCAAAAAUGCACUGAACUGGCCAUCGAACCGCAUCGUGCUCUUGGUGAUCUGUUUAUCGAUGGGACGGCCGUGGCAGCAAGCGAACUUCUUGAUAUACAUGGGCAGUCCACAACGCUCAAAGAUAUUACUGCUCUGGCGGCCGCUUUGGCAAAUGAUGUGAGGUUUACAAAACUCAAUUUGGCUGAUACGUUUGUCGGCGACGACGGAUGCAUAUUGAUUGCGGGUGCUCUGAAAACAAACUGUACCAUCCGAUAUCUUGAUCUGCGUGGCAAUAGCAUUCGCGCAGAUGGUGCAACAGCUUUGGCGCAAAUGUUAAAGGUUAACACAGCCCUAAAAUGCCUGGUGCUAGAGUGGAAUUGCAUCGGAAUAUGGGAGGCGGGAGUUAGAGCACUGGCCGAUGCUCUAUCUAUAAAUCAGACUUUGGAAGAGCUGGAUCUGCGUAACAACAAGAUCGGGCCAAAUGGAUGUCAAUCUUUGGCAUUAUGUCUCAGGAACAACACCACGUUACGAUGCUUAGACUUGCGCUGGAAUAACAUUGGGCUUCUUGGAUCUAAGGCGUUGGUAGAUCUGCUGAAAUGGAACACUGUUUUAGAGGAAAUACAACUGGCCGGAAAUGAGGUACCCGACGACAUUGCCAGAGCAAUUGGCAAUGCAGUGGAGCGAAACCGGGACAGGCGAAAACACGAUCUACGUAUUCGACUCCAGGCUGAUCAGCUAACUAGCACAGUGCACGCCCUCACAUCGACCCAUCAAGAUACACUUGCGAAUCUUUCAAAAGACUUGGCUUCAAAAGAGCAACAGGUUGCAAUGGCAAGCAAGGAGAUUUCGCGAUCACAAGAGGCUUACAAGAUCUUGGAAGCUAAGCUGCAAAAGGCGGAAGCGCAGAUGAAAGAGGCAGAAGAAACGCUAAUCCGCGAGAGAACUGAAAUGAAAAAUAAAGUAAAGGAGCUACAGCAGGAGCUCUUGACUGAUAGAGAGGCUAGAUUGCGGCUUGAAACUCAGCGCGAAAAGGCUUUCUCCGACGCCAAACGCCAGAGCUUGGAAUUAGAAGCUUCCUUGCGGGAGGCGGACGUCAAAGUAGAGGUGUUAAAACGAGACAAAACUAUGCUUAUUGAGGAGCUUGAUAAAGUAAAAGAUAAAUUAAAGGCCAUGAAAACCAUGUACGAAGACCAACUGGCGCGGCAAGACCGUGAAUUCCAUGAGAGGCUGAAAGCAGUUGAAGCCUCCAAAGAUCAUGACCUUGCACAAAGCAUCCGAAAGAUGGAAGAUCGCUUAAAGGUCACCGAAAACGCUCGGACUCGAGCAGAGGAGGAGCUCGACACCCAACGCGCAAAAUUACUUGCUGAAAAGAGAAACUGGUCAGAGAAAAUAGCGGAUGCGGAGGCGAGAAUUCGGAAGGAGGAGGAGGACCGUCGACGUGAGCUAGAAUCCGUACUCCAGGCGCUUACAAAACAGCGGGAUAGCUUGCAGGUAGACGCCGCAAAUCAUACCCAAAUACAUUCGAAGGUUCUUCGUGAACACGAGCGAGAGCGCGAGCGCUGGCAGCAGCAACGAUCCCAGCUGCAUGAGGAGAUCGCCACAUUGAAAGCACGACAGGGGGAAAUAGAGAGCGCUCUUGCAACAGCCAAAAAGCAAUUGCGAAAGGCGGAAGAAACGUCCAGUGAGCUUCAAAAGCUCAGGGACGAAGCUGUUCGAGAUCGAUCAGAGAUUGCAAAGCUGAAGGAAGAUGUUGCAGCUCGUGAUCGUUUGGUCGGUAGGCUCAAGGAGGAGCUGAAACGAAAAGACCAGGAGUUGGACGAGAAGGACGAAGAAAGCAUGCUCCAAAUGAAAGACCUUCAACUGAGCAUUACUUCGCUUCUAAAUCAGCGCACGAAAAGACAUGUCCGAUCACGGUCAAUUGAAAUGGCACUAUCAUAGUUUAUAGAAGUGGCAGUAUUCUAGAUAUUACAUUAAUACUUAUGUGGAUAACAAUGAUGGUAAAGUAAGAGUUGGAAGAAAAUCGGAUUUUCAUCCUUAAAUCACA